AUGAGAGAUUGCCAGGCCUGCGCGUAUACCAAUGGCUGAGAACAAGAGGAAAGAGCGGACAAUUGUUCAAUAAAUAAUUAUUUAAAAGAAACAUAUCAACAAGAUGACAACGCGAGAAAUAUUGACUAUUCAAUUGGGUCAUUAUUCGAAUUUCGUCGGUGCGCAUUGGUGGAACCUACAGGAAUCGAAUUUUACGUACGACGCUAAAAGUCCAUCUGAAAUAAACCACGAUGUUUUGUACAGAGAAGGUGAAAACAUGCGUAAACAAGUUACGUUCACGCCACGGCUGUUAACAGUAGAUUUAAAAGGGGCACAGGGCUACUUGAGCGAGCAAGGUACUUUGUAUGAGACAGAUCCUCUGGAUGAUCAGCUUCUAUGGGACAAAACCAAAUUGGAGAUCACCAGCUUCGAACCUAGUCCCAAGACACCUUUUAUACAAAGUUUAGAUGGAUCCCGUGGACCCAAUGAAUCCGCGGACUCGCACGCUUUUGACUUUGAGAACGAUGUGAAGUCGUGGGUCGACUAUCUGUUACCUUCGUUUCAUCCAAGAACAGUGAAUAUCGCCAAGGAAUAUUUGCAUAACUCUGCAGAACGGUCGUUCGAUCUGUUUACCUAUGGUCGUGAUUUGUGGACCACCGAGCAGUUUUCCGACGAUUUCUCGGAUAGGAUACGGUCAUACGUCGAAGAAUGUGACUUCAUGCAGGGAUUUCAGGUGCUUGUGGAUUCUAUUGAUGGCUUCGCUGGUCUCGGAGCAUCUUGUAUCCAAUAUCUGCGUGACGAGUAUGGAAAGAGUAUCCUGGCGUUUCCGUGUCUGGACUACAACAGUAGCGAACCCAGCGCAGCGGAUUUAAUCAAGAUCGUCAAUACAGCGCUAUGUUGGCAACACAUUGGGGAACAUUCGUCACUUUACAGUCCAUUGUCUUGCGGGCAGGUGGGUUGGCCGUUUGCAACCGAUUCACGUAAAUUCGAGAACGUAACGUACGACCCAACGCUCAAGUAUCACAGCAGCGCGAUACUGGCGACUGCUCUGGACACGUUGACGCUAAGAUACAGAACUAAAAAGUACGCAAACGCUAGUUUGUCUGAUCUGUGCGCUGACUUGAACAAGCUGGGUCGCAAAGCGGCGGCGACUAGUUUGAGCCUGCCGUUUCCCAUGAGAUUCAACGUGGAUUUAAUAGACAUGCUGGACGAUUUGGAGGAAUCCUUGUGGACAAGCUUGACGCCGAGCUGCGAGAUACCGGCAGAUAACAGCAUGCAGAGCAUAGCGUUACGAGGAGUUGCCAAAGACCGGAUGAAGCGACCCAUUCAGGAAGCCAGCAAACAGAUGUCCAAACCAGCCUACAGAUGUUCCAGUGUACACGAGAUGAUGACGCUGUAUCUCGCGUGUACGUGUCACGCGUCGGCCACGUACUUGUCCGACGUCGAGGCACCGCUAAAAAUUUCCAUACCGUACCCAAAGAUUUUUAAUAACAACGUAACCGAGGACGGAAACAUUGCUGAUUGGCCGACAGCAACAGAUGUUAAAUCGGUUGCGGUGAUGGCUGGUCUGCACAGCGGCAGUAAGGUCGCGGCGAUGUACGAAUCUCUCCUCAAGCAAACCAAAAGGAUAAGAAGUAUUAAGAAGUUACACGCCUUUACAGAUUCCGGACUGGAGGAAGAUGAGUUUAUCGAGUGCGUUCACAAUUUGGCAAAUUGUAAAGAGGCGUACGAAGAUUGUUAUAUUUGAAACAAAUUUCUAAAUAAAUUAUUCGGUGUAAUCUCAGCGAUGCCCCGGUGCUGCGACCUGGGAUUACGUUCGCGAUAUUUUAUUCAAUAAAAAUUUUUGCAACAGAUUGAAA